AUGGAAGAUGGGCACCGCCCAAGUGUUGAGCAACAAAGGAGGUUGAAUCCCAUUAUGAAGGAGGUCACGAAGAAGGAAGUAAUUAAGUGGCUUAAUGCAGGUAUCAUCUUCCCUAGUUCUGACAGUAAUUUGGUGAGUCCAAUGCAAUGUGUACCUAAAAAGGGCGGGAUGACUGUUGUAGAGAAUGAGAAAAAUGAGCUAAUUCCUACUCGCACCAUGACGGGGUGGAGAGUCUACAUUGAUUAUAGAAGGCUCAACAAAGCAACCAACAAGGAUCACUUCCCACUUCUAUUCAUUGACCAGAUAUUAGACAGGUUGGCUGGACAUGAGUACUACUACUUCCUUGAUGGAUAUUCGGGGUACAACCAGAUUGUUAUAGCCCUAGAUGUUACUCGAAAAGAAUUUGACGAAAUACGAGAUCAGAAGGGCACAAAAAACGAAGUGGCUGACCACCUAUCAUGGCUGGAGAAUCAUGAGCACGUGGAAGAAGGUGGACAAAUUAAUGAGACAUUCCCUGAUGAGCAACUUUUUUAUAUCACACAUGAUCCUGCCCCGUGGUACGCAGAUUAUGUGAACUACCUUGUAAGUGGAGUUCUCCCUCCUGAAAUCCAGUCCGAGGCCAAGAAAAGGUUCCUGCAUGAUGUGAAUUUUUACUAUUGGGAUGAGCUAUUCUUGUAUAGACAGUGCGCUGAUCAGUUGAUAAGGAAGUGCAUUCCUGAAAAGAAGGUAGAACAAGUGUUGUAUGAUUCCUAUGCCUCGCCUUAUGGGGGUCAUCAUGGAGGCGAUAGGACAACUACAAAGUUGUUGCAGUAG